CUAUAUUAGUACAUACCCUCCUUCCCAUGUUUCUCACUCACUUUGUUUAUUCCACCAAAAUGUCAAUGAAUUCUUGUUCCAACACCAACAAAGAGAUAGAAAAAGAGCUUCUACCCCUUAUCCGUGUCUACAAAGAUGGCACCAUAGAACGUCUAAUGAGUUCUUCAAUAGUCCCACCUUCCCUUCAAGACCCUCAAACCGGUGUCUCAUCCAAAGAUAUCGUUAUCUCCAACAAUAACCCUUCCCUUUCCGCUCGCAUUUUCCUUCCAAAAUCUCACCACAAUCAUAAAUUUCCCAUCUUACUCUAUUUUCAUGCUGGUGCUUUUUGUGUUGAAUCCCCUUUCUCCUUUUUCUGCCACCGAUAUCUCAACCUCUUGGUUUCUGAAUCAAAUAUAAUAGCUGUUUCUAUAGAUUACAGACUUCUUCCACAACAUCCUCUUCCUGCAGCGUAUGAAGAUGGUUGGACUUCUCUCCAAUGGGUUGCUUCUCACACAAGCAAUGACCCCAACAGUAGCAUAGAAAAAGAACAAUGGUUACAAGAUUAUGGUGAUUUCAACAAAGUUUACAUAGGUGGUGAUGUCAACGGUGCUAACCUUGCUCAUAACUUAGCUAUGCGUGCUGGAACUGAAACAUUACCAAACAAUCUUAAAAUAUUGGGAGCAUUACUAUGUUGUCCUUUUUUCUGGGGUUCAAAGCCAAUUGGGUCAGAACCUGUGGAGGAACAUGAGAAUAGCCUUGCUAUUAAAGUGUGGAACUUUGUGUACCCUAAUGCAAAGGGUGGGAUUGAUAACCCUAUGGUUAAUCCUUGUGCUAUUGGUGCACCUAGUUUGGCUACACUUGGAUGUUCUAAAAUACUACUAACUAUUACUGACAAGGAUGAGUUUAGAGACAGAGAUGUUUUGUACUAUGAGUCUGUUAAAGAAAGUGGGUGGCAAGGUCAACUUGAACUGUUUGAAGCUGGAGAUGAGGAACAUGGUUUUCAGAUCUUCAAACCUGAAACUGAUGGGGCUAAACAAUUUAUCAAACGCUUAGCUUCUUUUCUUGUUUGAUUAACCCUUUUCAAUAAAUGUUAAAGAAAAAUGUAUUGGUCCGUAAGUGAGGGAAAAAAAAUCCAUAGUUGUUUAUGAAAUAUUGUUGAGCUUAUUAAAUGAUUGAUCAAACUCAUUUCUUUAGUUGACAAACAAGUUCAACACGAGGUCGGGAAAUAAACAAUUUCUUUUGUAAUCUUGGCCCCAUUUAUCAAAUUGAGUUUACUUUGAAUCGUUUUGGUGUUUA